AUAAAAUAACCUAUUAUUUUUCCCCUUGUAAUAAAAUCACAAUUUCCCCAGAUUUUUCUAGUGGUCAUACAAGGGUUGUAAAAACUUCUUAACGUCAUCAUUGGCAACACUGACCCCAGCCUUGUAAUAUGGCCGCUACAGGCAAGAAAUCAAAGAAGGCAAAAUGGAUUCCAGCCAGCAUCACAGACAUUAUUGCAGAACCAACGACGAUUCCAGCAACAAACUGGGCGGACUCUGUAGAUGAGGAACCUGAAAAUUCGUAUGGCGGGGGCGGAUACUCAUCGCGCCAACGUGCGCCGUUGGUGCUGCCGUCAGCGUCGCGGGCGGCGCGCGGCGGCCUGGCAGUGGACGACGAAUCUAUACCUCGUCGCCCGCCCUUCACUGCACACAUCUCCAACCUGCCUUACGAUGUCGACGAAAGCGCUAUCACUGAACUCUUUACUGGACUUAAGAUUACCAACCUGAGACUCCCGCGCGAAGGCGACCGUCUCAAAGGCUAUGGCUGUGUGGACUUUGAAGACAGGGAGGGUCUCAUUAAUGCUAUGAACAUUCCUGACCUGACAAUAAGCGGGAGGCGAAUAAGGAUAGAAGUGUCUACCCAGGACAACGACCGUCGGAUGGGAAGGGGAGGCAGGUCCGACCGGGACAGGGAAUAUGACCCGGAGCGCACGAUGGGCGACUGGCGCUCGGGCCCGCGCGCGAUGCCGGAGCCGGCGGGCCGCCCGCGGCCCGUGGAGCGCGGGCCCAUGGACCGCAGCAACAUGGACCGCGGGAACAUGGACAGAGACCGCGACAGGGACCGGGAAAGGGACUCGAGUGCUGACAAUCGUCCGGGUGGUUGGCGCGACGGCGACCGGCCGGCGCCGCCCGAGCCCGCGAGAACGCCGUACGGUGGACGCGACUCUUUCGGUCGUGAUCGCUAUGGAGAAGGUAGAGAACGUGGUGGUGGUUUCGGAGCUCGUGAAGAGCGUCCGGAACGCAGCGGCUAUGGAGGCCGCGACGGAUUCAGAACUGCAGAACGUGAUGGUGGUGGAUUUGGAAAUCGGGAAGGCAGAGGAUUUGGUGGCAGAAACUUUGGUGACCGCGACCGUGAACGUGACCCACCUCCACGAGAAGACAACAAACCCCGUGAGCGUCCGAAGCUGAACCUACUCCCGCGCACGGUGCCGCGCGAGGCGGAGGUGCCCACCAAGCCCGCCGACGGCGCCGCGCAAGACGACAAGCUGCCCGAGAAGGCGGCCCCCAAGCCUGUCUCCGCAGAGAAAGUCUUCGGAGCUGCUAAACCCGUGGACACGGCUGCUAAGGAACGUGAAAUAGAAGAACGUCUUCGCAAACAAGAGGAAGAAGCCAGACGCGGUGGUGAAGAGAAGGAGCGUUGGGGAAGAAGGAACGAUCAUUCCGGCGAAAGACGUGGUGCUCCUAAACGAGAUGACCGCCCAAGAGAUUCCCGCAGCUACAACAGAGACCGACGCGACUAUUCCAAGGACGACAAAGACAGACGCGACUACAAAGACGACCGGGACAGGCGCGACUACAGAGACGACCGCGACAAGCGCGAGCCUGAGAGAGACCGCCGCGACUACAAGGACGACCGCGACCGCCGCGACUACAAAGACGAUCGCGUCGAGAGACGAGAGUCCUCCGGCGACAGGCGACGAGAAUACUCCGGCGACAGACGUCCGCGCCGCGACUACUCCGGCGACAGGAGACGCGACCACUCCGGCGACCGGCGGCGCGACUACUCCGGCGAGCGACGCGACUCGCGCGACUACCGCGACUCCUCCGAGCCCGCCGACACGCCGCGCGACGAGCGCAACGGCCGCCCCCGCCCCAGCCGCUCGCGGGACCGACACGACGACAUCGAUGACAAAACCCUGCCCAAAAUGAAAGAACAGGAAAAACCGAAUUUUGUUGCAUCAAAUAAAUUCAGCUUCUUAGAGGACGCCGACGACGGCGCAUCCGAUUAGCACGAACCUAAAGUUUGUGUGCGCGCUACAUAUUAGUGUCCAUUUUACAGUUGACUCGAGUGUAAAGUGUAAAUUUACGAGUAUCAAAGUGUCUAACGUGUAGAACGGACUCGAUAAAGCACUAAGACAAUCUAAAAUUGUGCUAUGUAAUAGAACUUGAUUGAUAGUCACUAGUGCGGUGUGGAUAUACGUGUAUAUUAAUAGGGUUGCUAUAUGCUCACACUGCUUCGAUGCCAGCCCCAGUCUUUGUUGUCGCUUCUAUUAUAGCGCACUCAUUUACUUGAACUCUCGGGCAGGAUGUACCCCGUAUGCUUAUGACAAGUGAGACGCCGCAGUAAAGACUGGGGCGUGUAUUUGUGACCAUGUUGUACUGAUUUGUGUAAAUUUUUCUAUGGGUUUGUUACAAUUAUAAUGUUAUUGUGAAUGGUUGGUAAUACAGCCAAGUUUUGAGAACUGCAAAUAUUCCAUUAAAUUCUGAGAUGAACAGGUUUAGAUCCAGGUGCUGCACUUUCAUGUCUUUUUUGUGAAUAAUGAAUAUUUCAUAAUUUUAUAUUAUUGCAAUGUCACCAUAGGGAAUCUAAUUUCUAUUUUUUAGAAUAUGUCUUUAUGUUAAAUAUUUAGUCGAUUUAGGUUAUUAGAACGUUAAUUGUAUUAUUUAUCUUUACACUCAAAAUUUGUUAAAAUAAUCAAGUGGUAAGAUUUAAGCUGCAAUAUUCCUAUUUUGCAAGUAUGCAUACAGAUGUGCCUGCCUUGAUCGUGAUGAAAUAUAGAUGUUAACUAAAGGUACCUAAUUAAUCUGAUUAGGGCUUGGUCACAAUAUAAUUAAUGUCAAAACGUUACAGACGUUUCAUUUGUAAUAUGGAAGAAUUUUUGUUUGGUACACUAUGUAAUUGUGAAUUAUAAAUAAAUAAUUACCCUUUUUACAGUA